ACACACACACACACACGCGAACAAUCAUCCCUUUCUUUCUCUCGAUCUCGAUCUCAGAUCGCUGAUCUCUCUCCUAUCUGGGCGGCAGUAGAGGAAGAAGGCCAAGGAGGAUGAGUGAGCCUUGCAGAGUUUCAUUCAGAGAUGGGCGCUUGGCCUCAAGAAAAGCAGAAGAAGCUGCUUACAGGCGAUAUCAGGCGUCCCAAUGGUUGGAGGACAUGGCUGGGCCUCUGGAUUUGUCCCCUAAUCCCUCUGAGCAAGAAUUUGUUUCCUGCUUGCGGAGUGGACAUGUGCUCUGCACUGCUAUUAAUAAGAUUCAGCCAGGAGCCGUUCCCAAGGUUGUCACCAUUCACUCACUUGGCACCCCCAAUGAUAUCCAGCCAUUACCUGCUUAUCAAUAUUUUGAAAAUGUUCGGAACUUUCUUGUAGCUAUCAAUGAGCUGAAACUAUUGAGUUUUGAAGCUUCUGAUCUGGAAAAGGACACUGUAGAAAAGGGUUCUGCAGCAAAAAUUGUGGACUGCGUUCUUAGUUUGAAAUCUUAUUAUGAAUGGAAGCAGUGCAAUGGCGGUUCUGGGCCUUUGAAAUUUGUGAAAUCUCCAUUGGUUGCACACUCUGCUGGCAGAACCCGAUCCAAUGCUAUUUCUUCAGGAUCUUCAAUUUCCUGCAGGCGGUUAGUCUUGACAGCCGGAUCUGAUAAACAAAAUGCCACACGGAAUAAAAAUUUAAUAAGUGAAGAUCUUGGCAUUUCACUCUCUAAGGUCCUAUCCAAUUGUUUGCUGAACUCAAAGGAGAACAUUAAUCGUAAUCUUCUUGACGCACAAGAUGGAUGUCAGGAUUCAAACAUACAAUUGUUGACUGAGACAAUGUCAAGCUUUUUGCAAGAUCAAAAGCAUAAUAACUUAAAUUGUGUGACAGACAAUUGCAAGCAUAUUUCUCUCUUGGAAGCACAACAAAAUGAACUUUCGGAGCUUAGGUCCUUGUUGUCAAUGAUCAAGAUGGAGUUUGUAAAUAUGCAGACCCAACUGCAGAAUGAUUUGAUGCUGCUAGGAACUUAUUUUCAAGGGCUCUCUGCUGCUGCUAGCAGCUACCAUCAAGCUGUCAGAGAGAACAAGCAUCUGUACAACUCCUUACAAGAACUUAGAGGAAAUAUUCGUGUCUUCUGUAGAAUUAGGCCAUCUUUCAACAUGGAAGGAAAAUCUUCAAUUGAUUAUACCGGGAAUGAUGGUUCAUUGAUUGUUAUUGAUCCUAGUAACCCACAAAGCACCCGUAAAAUUUUCCAUUUUAACAAGAUUUUUGGUCCUGAUGCCACUCAGGAUGAGGUAUAUAAAGACACACAAACUUUAAUCAGGUCUGUGAUGGAUGGAUAUAAUGUCUGCAUAUUCGCAUACGGUCAGACUGGGUCUGGUAAAACUCAUACAAUGUGUGGUCCUUGUAGUGGACUGAACAAAAAUUUUGGGGUCAGUUACAUGGCCCUGAAUGACCUCUUUCAGAUUUCUUCUGCUCGGGUGGAUAUAAAAUAUGAGAUUCAAGCUCAAAUGGUUGAAAUAUAUAAUGAACAAGUCAGGGACCUUCUCAAAGAUAUGCCAGCCAUUAAAUUAGAGAUCAAAAACUGUUCAGUCAAUGGCGGACUGAGUGUUCCAGAUGCCAGUACACGGUCAGUGCAAUCAGUUGAUGAUGUUCUUAAUCUCAUGAAAUUAGGGGAGAAGAAUCGAGUUUUCUCCUCAACUGCAUUAAACAACAGAAGCAGCCGCUCCCACAGUGUCUUGACAGUGCAUAUUAUUGGAGAAGAUAUUACCAGAUGCAGAAUUCGUAGUUGUCUUCAUUUGGUGGAUCUCGCAGGGAGUGAGAGAGUGGAUAAAUCAGAAGUCACAGGAGAUAGAUUGAAGGAGGCACAACAUAUCAAUAGGUCUCUCUCUUGUUUAGGAGAUGUGAUAGCAGCAUUAGCACAAAAGAAUUCUCACAUCCCUUACAGAAAUAGCAAGCUUACUCAACUGCUCCAAAAUUCCCUAGGUGGACAUGCAAAAGUUUUAAUGCUUGCUCAUGUGAGCCCAGAAGCUGACUAUUAUGGGGAAACAGUUAGCACAUUGAAAUUUGCUCAGAGAGUCUCUACUGUUCAACUUGGUGCGGCUCAUUCAAACAGAGAAAGCAGUGAGGUCUGGGAAAUUAAAAGGACAGACCUGUGCCAGCAGAAGAUUAUUGAAAGCUUAAAGAAGGCCUUGUCAAGAAAAGAAAUGGAGAAGCUGGUGCCUUUAUGUAAGAUGAAGGAAAAUAGACCCUUGGAGGAGACACAAAAUCAUGCUGUCCACACUCCUUCACCUUCAUGGAAGUUGAAUACAGAGAGUGCCCCAGUCAAGAUGGUAGGGCCAACAAGUAAUUCUACUCAUGCAAAUGUUCACAACUCUCUUUCACAGAUCGUGUACACCCCUACAUUUUCAAGAAGGUCAAGCAUUGACCACCCUAGAGUUCUUAAAGCCUACUCUACAACAAAAGUUGUUGAUGAAGUCUUUUCUAAGUCUCCUAUUAAAGAACCUGAAAUUGGUACGGAACAUGAUUCAAUUCGACUGCGAAGAUUGAGCACUGAAGGCUUUAAAUGUCUAAAGCCCCAUUCUGAUAUCCCGAAAGAUGGUAUUCUUAGUUCUGCGGUGUCUUGCAAAGCAUGUCAACUACUUCACCUUCUCAACAACCCAAAAACCCCUUCAUCAGCCAGGAAGUUGGAUGAGAUAGUGACCCCUCAUGAGGGAGGCUUGCAGAAAAUGUCUCAGACCAUUAAGGCUAUGUCCAUUGCUAAUCCAAGUAACAAAGGAUCUCAGAUUAAAAAAUCCCUCCAGACCAUUGGGAAAUUGAUUAAUGGCUCUGAGAAAAGAAACAUUUGUCCUACAGAAACACCAGCAUCCAUAUUUGGUAGAAGCAACAAAAAGGAUGACAAAUCACCAAUGACUAUUCAUGCUAGAGCACGGAGGAGACAAUCACUCACCCCUAUUCAGACUUCAGGAUUCAGCAUGUCAAGAAGAUCAUCACUUGGAGGAAAAUCACCAGAACCAUAUUCAAGUGAUUUCCAAUCUACAAAGACUCCUCUCCCUACACGAUCGCCUCCCAAGUUCACAAAGCGUUGGUUGUGAAUGUUUAACUCAGAAUGGCUUUUCAUUGAGGGUGUUGAUCAAAGUCAGUUUUGUACAUACAUUUUGACCCUGCUGUAGCAUCUUGAAUUUGUGCAAAGAUGCUCACAAGUUUUGCUUGUCAAUGUGGAAAUUCCUCUACAUUUUUAAUACUUCAAUUCACUAAUUGAAGUGAGUCAUAUGGAGGAAUAUGUGGUUCCCUGAAAGUGUACGAUUGUCGUUUACCAUGGUGUCAGUUAUGUUUUUCUUUUUAUUUUUUCGUUUGGCAAGGAGAGUAACAUAUAAUUUUGAUGGGUACUGCUUGUACUUUUGUAAUAGACAACAAUAUUGACAUAUUGAUAUGCAAAAUCUAUUGCUGAUUUA